UCACCUAAGCUGAAGAAGGAGCUGAACCCAAAUUUAGGACCUACAUAUAAAAUACUGCGUUCCUAGAUAAAAUAGCUAUAUUUAUAUAAAUAUAGAUCGUCACAACCCCAGGUUUUGACUGCUGUUGAUCAUUUCCUCACAGCAACAUCAUCUCUUCCUUUCUUCAUAUUCAUAUUGUUUAUCUAGCAUCUAGCAAGUUUAGUGUUUUAUUUCGUUUGAAAAUGCGUCUAAACAUCGCGGCAGCAGCAGUUGCGCUGCUCGCCAACACCGCAGUCGGUGCGGCUCUCCCGAGACAGGACAGCGGCCGCCAGGUCUUUGCUCAUUACAUGGUUGGCUUGACGAGCGGACAGUCCCAGGACCAAUGGCAGACGGACAUUACGCAAGCCAAGUCGGCGGGCAUCGACGGCUUCGCCUUGAACGUCGGAUCGUCCGACUCGUGGAACGCCGAGCAGUUGCAGUUGGCCUACGAUACCGCCGCGUCCAACAGCUUCAGCCUGUUCCUGUCUUUCGACAUGGCUGCUAGCUCCUGGACUACCGACCAGGUCAUUGCGCUCGUCAACCAGUACAAGGAUGCUAGUAGCCAGCUCAAGGUCAACGGAAAGCCAUUCGUCUCGACUUUCGAAGGGCCUGACUGGGCUGACAACUGGGCUACCGUGCGUUCCUCUACGGGAGACAUCUUCUUGGUUCCCGACUGGUCUUCACUAGGCGCCGCUGGCGUCGGAGGCAAGCUCGACACGAUUGAUGGUGCUUUUAACUGGGGUGCGUGGCCGAACGCGAACGAAAACUCGAUCGACACCGGCAACGACGUCGCCUACCAGUCGUCCCUUCAGGGCAAGGCGUACAUGAUGGGUGUCAGCCCUUACUUCUAUACCGACCUCCCCCAAUACAGCAAGAACUGGUACUCAUCCAGCGACUCUCUCUGGUACGACCGUUGGGCACAGGUUUUGGAGAUUCUGCCAACUUACAUCGAGAUUAUUACCUGGAACGACUACGGCGAGUCUAGCUACAUCAACGACCCCAUCGCGGCCCAGAUCGUGAGCGGUGCUGAGACUUACGUCGACGGCUUCGGACACUCAGCUUUCCGCUUCGUAUUGCCUUACUUCAUCAGCGCCUACAAGGCCGGUAGCGCAGAUGUUGCCCUGCCGUCCGAAGGAGCCGUCGCAUGGUACCGAACUACGCCCGCUACUAUCUGCGGUGAUGGCGGUACCGUCUGGGGCCAGGGCGGAAGUGCUUCGGCAGCAAGCGGAACGCAGGAUGUUAUCUCGAUUAUUGCGCUAUCUGACUCCUCCAAGGAUAUCACUGUUUCUAUCGGGGGCGCAAGCCAAACCGUGAGCCCGUCGCGUUCCGUCGGCAAGGCUUAUUUCUACCAAGUUCCCUUCAAUGGAAAUACCGGUGCCGUCACCGUCACCCUCGACGGCAAAUCGACGACGGGUCCCGAAAUCUCGAACAGCUGCCCUUCUACAGGCCAUGUAAGUCCCUUUAGUUAAAACGAAGUCGCCUAAAUGUGCUUAACUAAUAACUAAUAAUCGAAUAGGUCAACUUCAACGCCGUCGCAAUUCAACUAUAAGCGUUUCGUGAUAUAUUCUC